AUGUUUUCCUCCGGCCCCUCAACGAGCGCCUUCGACGAGGGCUAUGUCGGCACGGGCGAUACUCUGCUUCCCCUCAACGUAGAUCGCUCCGCCUCCGCGUCGCUGGAUGCAUCUACGCCGCGUCCACCUUCCCUCUUUGCGCUACCGACCAAGACUGAGCUCCGCGCCUGCUGGGAACUCGGGCGCCUGAGCAAUGGGAUGGGUUGCUGGGUAUGCUGGUUCCCCCUCGCCUUCUCCAUGACCAUGGCAUAUCACGCGCACCACGACAUGCCCUUCGCCACCCUCCUCGCCCGACUCGCACUCUACCUAGGGCUUUGCAGCGGAAUCAAGUCCGUCAUUAUGACUAUCGACGAUAUCCUCGACCAUGACAUCGACGCACGCGUCGCCCGAACGAAGAACAGGGCUCUCCCUCGCGGCGCUAUCUCGAGGGAGCGCGCCUGGUUGUGGUUCGUCCUGCAGUGCGUAGUUGGGGUAGGAUUGGGUUGGGUCCUCCUGAAUAGGACGACGCUGUUCAUCUCUAUGUUCGUCUGGCCUAUCUUCGUGAUCUACCCGACGUGCAAGCGGUGGAUGGAUUUCGCGCCCGUCCCUUUGGCUUUCAUGUUCAACAUCGGCGCCCUCAUGGGAUGGACGGACGUCGACCCGAACGACGUGCCGUGGAAGAUGCUCGCCGUCGUCUACGCCGCGUGCGGCUUCUGGACGCUCACGUUCGAGACUGUCUACCAACAUCAGGACAAGCUCGACGACAUCCUCAUCGGCGCGCGCUCCCUUGCGCUCUUCAUGGGUCGCCGCACCGUCCCGUUUUGCGCGACCACGGCCGCCGCCUUCGUUGGUCUUCUUUCCGCUGCCGCCUUCCUCAACGGGCACGGGCCCAUCUUCUACGUUGCCGCCUUCGUUGCGCUCGCGCGGCUGCUGCUACCGCUCCGGACUCUCGACGUCGAUGUGCCGAAGCAAUGCUUGCAAUAUUUCCUGCUGACCCCGAAAGUUGGAGCAAUUCUGCUUUUGGGCUUCUUGGGCGAUGCGUUGCUCUCCAGGUGGGCGGCGAGGCUGGCGCUUUGA